AUGCGGUAAUAAUUGGUGUAAUUAAUUUUAUUAAAUUCAAUAUUCUCGGCCUGACUUUCUUGUCAGUCCAAAAAAGGAUACUGAACACGUGCUAAGUCGACCAUUGAUAAAAAUUGUACCGUCGUGAAAUUUUUAUACAAUUCCUUAAUAGGUAUUCAUUAUGCAAGAAUUUAUCAACAGGGAAUUAUACCAAUCGAUCAGAGCGUCAUUCCUUGUCACGCAUACAACUACCAGUGACACACCAGCCCAUCCCCAUGUCACUAACUUACAGCAUUCUUGCUUGAUUCCAGUUUUGAACUCACGUCAUACUUUCUCUACACACAUGUUUCUGCUCGGCACAUGUGAAUCAAUUGGAAUACUAACCUUGAUUGCCUGACCGGCAUAAUUUUAUUUUUGUUUCAACUUUACUGCCUAUUAUAGACGUAAAUCGGUGAAAUAAAUUUUUUUAUUAUUUCGAUAUUAGUGCACGUGAAUGUUGCUUGCACUUCGAUAGUGAACCCACAGCAACUCAUUUGAAUCCGGGCGUUUCAUUCAUUUGCACGACAAUUUAAUCAAAAUAUUUGUUGCGAAAAUAUCAACAGCUUUAGUAAAAUGGCACGAUUAAAUUCAUAUAACACUUUGUGUCCCUUGAUCGAUAAACAACUGCUUGGGGUUGAAGCUGAUUCGACACCUGAUUGUGUCAUUGUAACAUUAGGGAAAAAUAUUGUGAUAAGAUAUCAGCUUCAAGAUUUAAAACAAGUCAGCAGUUGGUCAUCUAAAGAAAGAUUGACUUCUCAAGUUGUUUUCGAUGAGUCUUCUAAAUCAUAUAUAGCAGUGUUUAACAGUAAAAACAUAAAAAUUUGGAGCGAAGAUGAAAAAGAUCUUGACAACGUCAAGAAAAUCAAAUUUCCAGCUAUUCAUAGUAUUUUAACAAUGAAAAGUGGACCAACUAUUUUGCUUCUUGAAAAUGGUUCAACUGUGUCUCUGCAGUGGGUAUUAGAAAAUAGAAAAAAAUGGACAAAUGAAGGACUUUUAGAAUCAAAUGAGAAAAUACUUAACUCUACAUUAAUUAAAAUGAAAGAUCAAGUUUUCCUAUGUGCAAUUUCUACAUUAAAAACAAAAUAUAAGUGUAUCAUGGUACCUUUGAAAGAAGAAACAUUUAUAGAAGAUGUUGAACAUCUUAAAAGAUUCAAUAUUCAAAGAUCAUCUGAAAAAUUGGUUGGCCAUGUAAUAGUUUCAAAUAAGGAGGAUGCUCAAUUAUUAACUCUGUGGUCGGAUGAAAAGUUUUAUAGUUUUUCUCUGUCUUCUUCUAAUGAAACAUUUCCUGGAACAUUAAUUAGCGAUAUGAAAGCUGUCAAUUGUAAACACCCUGUUGCAAUGGUAGCGCUGAAUGAAAGUACAAUAGCAAUGUAUGGUGCAGAUUUAAAUGAAGAAGGAGCUGUACUUCUCAUUUUUAAUACACAAUUUAAACUUGUUCAAGCAUCUCAAAAACUCAAGUGUUAUUCCAGUGAUUCUAAAAUAUGGACAAUAUCAAGCAAAAUAUUGCUGGCAUCAAAUAAACAUCUAGCUUUUGUACCAUAUUUUUUACCAGCUCAAGAAAUGGACUCUUUGCUGAAUUCAUCAUUGAGUUCACAAGAAAAAGCAUAUGAGGAAGUUUACUGGGUUAAAGAAACAAAGUUUAAGAAUAAUUCAGCCAAUGAUUCAUUACAAGUUGGGACAGACAAAAUCAUGAAAUUCCAACAAAAAGACUUCAAUAACACUUUAAUACAACAACAAAUCAUACCAGAAUUGAUCAAAUCCGAAGACAUUGAAUCAAUUGUGUGGUGUCUGAACAAUUUCAAACAUUUGCCGGAAGCACAAUUAGUUCAACUUUUAUACUUUUAUACAUCUAUAUGUAAUAGAAAAAAUUGCUCAAUGAUGGAAAUUCCAGAAGAAUCAAAAAUCAGUAAACAGCAUAUCCAACAUAUCCAGCUCUUCAAGGCAAUAUUUCAAAUUAAGUACUCAGAUCCAGCCCUGAUAUCUUAUUUAAAGAAAGAGAUGAAUUUUGAUCAAAUUUUAGAUUUAUUUACUUGCUUGAUUGAGAAAGUGGAUCCAAAUAAUGAAAACAUUGAUAAUGAUAUUGAUCACAACAUUACAACUAGCUUGUUUAGAUGGAUCACACUUUUAAUAGAUUCACAUUACCAGGAUUAUUUAUUAUCACAAGACGAAAAAGUUCUACAGCUAUUAACAAAACUGUCUGAAAUCAAUUCCACUUAUAUUAAUGUUGUUCAAAAUGUUGUUAGUCUACAACCAUUGUUCAAAAAGUUAAGGGAUGGACAACUGAUUAAAUAUAUUCAAAAUGACACAAACAAAUUCUACUCUAUAGAAGAAGUAAAAUUAUAUUAAUAAAAGAAUCCUUAUUGUUACUUAG